UAAUAAUCAUAAUAGUAUUAUUAAAAUAAUGUUAUUAUAUAUAUAUAUAUAAGUAUUGUUGUGGUUAUUAUUAUUGUUAAAAUAUUUGUUAGAUUAAUCCCCCACAUUUGAUUAAUUAUCUUUGUUAAACAUUCCAUUCCAUUAUUUUAUAUAUAUAAAACACAACAUGUCCCUGCUUUGUUCAUUUCAUAUAAUCAGUGUUGGUUCUCUGGUUCCUCGUUCAACAAAAGUUAUUUGUGUGAGACUGUGAACGAGCGCAGCGGCAGCGACGUGUUCAAGUGAGCACAGUCAGAGAAAAAACCUGACAUCCUACCUCCAUUCAAGAAGAUCACUACUUAAACCCCCGUUUGCUUGGCAUUUAGUGUUUUUUGUAGCGUAGGACCAGCGGGAACAUUUCCAUUCAUUUUCAGGGCAUGAUGUUGCUUCUGAUGCUGAUGUUGUCCGUGGUUUCAUUGGCACACAGUGAUGAUGACUUCUGUUAUGAUGAGGAGCACUGUGAUCCAUAUGCAUGGGGAGAAAACUACCCCUCUUGCCAUCCUCUUCUGGAGAGCCAUCACUCUCCCAUCAACCUGGACCAUCAGCUGAUUAAGAACCAAUCUUUAGACUCUCUGCACAUGGAGGGUUUUAAUUUGACUCAUAAAGGGCAAUGGUGGCUGACAAACCAGGGUCACUCUGUUGUGCUGGAGUUGGGUGACGGUAUGCAGGUGAGUGGCGGAGGGCUUCCUGGAAUCUACCGCACCAUCCAGCUUCAUUUCCAUUGGGGAAGUGUGUCUUCAAAUGGUUCUGAACACACCUUGGGCCACCUGAGAUUCCCUAUGGAGAUGCAUAUAGUCAACAUUAAAUCAACACAUCCAAAUUUGACGUCCGCGCUUGAAGACCCAACGGGCCUUGCUGUGCUUGGAGUCUUCAUUGGUGUGACAUAUUUGCACAAUGAAAACUUCCAGUCCAUCUCAAAUGCACUUCCUUCUGUCGCCUACAAAGGACAAACAAAAUCGAUCAGACCAUUUCCUUUGAUGAAUCUGUUACCUCAGAACAACCUAACGCAGUAUUACCGUUAUCACGGCAGCCUCACAACGCCGCCCUGUUCACAGGUGGUUUUGUGGACCGUAUAUGAAGUACCCACCUAUAUCUCAUGGGCUCAGUUUGAGCUGUUUGUAAAAGGGAUAUAUUCCACGGAGGAAUUAGCUGAUAAACAGGUUCACCUGCAGAACAACUACAGACACAUCCAUCCAACCUACGGUCGGCCUGUGUACGCAUCCAAAGAUGCUAAGAUGCUCACCAAUGGAGUUUACCCCCUUGCCAUUUUUAAUAUUUUUAAUGUUCUUUUAUUUACUGGAUUUUUAAACAUUUAGUGUUAAACGUAUUGCAGAAUGGCAUUAUUAAACGUCCACUUAAAAUACUGUGUCAAAACGUAGCCACUAGUAGCCAGUCUAAAGACCAGUUCACAACAAAAAUGAUAACGUUCUCUUUAUU